AAAAAGGUUUUUUUUUGCAGUUCGUCGGUCGUCUCUUCAACUUCUUCAAAGUUUUGUCCCAAAUUUUUAUCUUUGUCCAAAAAAAAACUACCGAUGGGCGGCCGGAGCAACUCAGCCACCACAGCCGCCCAACAAAAUGCAGUGCUCCGAAUCGUUGUCGUCGGCGGUGGAGGUGUCGGGAAAUCGGCGUUGACCAUACAGUUUAUACAGAGGUACUUUGUGCAGGACUACGACCCGACGAUCGAAGACUCCUACACCAAACAAUGUUUCGUCGACGAGGAUCUUUGCAAACUGGAAAUCCUUGACACUGCUGGACAGGAGGAGUUUUCCACGAUGCGAGAGCAGUAUUUGCGAACGGGGAGCGGUUUUUUAAUUGUGUUUGCAGUUACUGACAGGAAUAGUUUCGAAGAGGUCAAAAAGCUACACGAAUUAAUAUGCCGAAUCAAGGAUCGAGAUGAUUUUCCAAUUAUACUAGUGGGCAAUAAAGCAGAUUUGGAAAAUGAGAGACACGUAGCCCGACAUGAAGCCGAGGAGCUCGCACACCGACUCUCAAUACCAUAUUUGGAGUGCUCGGCAAAAAUUCGAAAAAAUGUUGAUGAAGCGUUUUUUGAUAUUGUGAGAUUAGUCAGAAAAUACCAACAUGACGAGCGCAUGCCCAUCCACCCCCAUGACGAUCGGAAGCUCGAAUCACCGAUCAAGCUGAAGAAGAAAAAGAAUUGCAGGAUUCAAUAAACUCCAGAAACUCAAUUAAUCUAUUCCAGUCCGAUACGACAUUCAACAUUGGAAGAUACUUCAAAAACCUUCAAAAAAUGUGAAUAGUCGAACCGGAGAGUCAAUCCUUCAUGACUUUCAUACGAUAUACUGCACCCUCUUCUGAAAAUUUUUAACUUGCUGCCUUUAAACUCCUUCUCUCCACUUCAAAACGGGAUUUCUUUGGUUUUCUAUUGCUUUUAAAAUGUUUUUUUUUCCUCUGAUUCUAGCCCCUUCUUGUACAGUUCCAACAAAAUAUUUAUUCCAUAUCCUACCACCCUACCCGUUGUGCCCGUUAUCCCGAGUACAAAUCUCUCUCAAAUUUCGACCAAAAAUCUGAUAUGCGCUCUACUGAUAGCCCUGUGAACCCAUUUUCUUUUAGAGUAAUAAAAAACGUGAGAAUAUUU